AUGGCAAAUAUUCAUUGUGAAGUAUAUGAAGAUGGACUUUCAAGUAAGGACCAAGAAUCUCUUUUAUCCAAACUUAAUCAGGUGAAAGUUAUGAUAUUUGGGAAUCCAGGUGAUGAUCCUCAUAGAAAAUCAGUCAUUAAAUUAAUUCAUUCAUUGAAUGAAAAGGGUAUUACAGAAAGUAUGAUUAUUAACAUGCCAAAAAUGGCUUUAGAAUGUCGAAAAUGUUCAGCAGAAAUUAUUAUUAAUUUACUUCAAAGAAGGACAAAUGGAAUGUUUCCUAUGGCUGAAUUUUUGGCUACAAAACCACACCUUUUAUCAUCGUUAAUUAGUGGUUUAGCGUCAACUGAUACCGCUUUUAUAUGUGGAAAUAUUCUUCGGGAGUGUUUGGUUUUUGAAAAAUUGACACGUGUUAUUUUAUUUUCAAAAGAUUUUUUAAAAUUAUUUAACAUGAUUACAAUGGAAAGUUUUGAAAUUGCAUCUAAUUGCUUAAGUUUAAUAAAAAACAUUCUUACUAGUUUUAAGGAUACAGUUAGUCAAUUUUUAGAAAAGAACUAUGAAAAAUUUAUUCAUAGUUACAAUGAAAUGUUAUCAAAGGCAAAUUAUUUUACAAAAAGAGAAUGUUUGAAAUUGUUAUCAGAGCUUUUAUAUUCUAUUAAAGCUCCAAACUUCCGACAAUAUUAUUUUUAUAAUGUUGGAAAUUUAAAGAUGAUUAUUAAUGAUUUAUCAAAUGGUAGCAAUGGAAUUCGUUAUGAAGCUUUUCAUAUUUUUAAAAUUUUAAUUUGUUCACCUGAUCAUUCCAGAGAAAUUUUAGAAUAUUUAGAGGGUAAUAAAACUGAAAUCAUUAAUAUAAUGAAUAAUUUUCCUCAUAAUUAUAAAAAUGAUGGACAAUUUGAGGAAGAAAGGAAAUAUCUUAUAAAUUAUAUAACUAAUUUAAAAUAUAAAAAAUAA